AUGAGAACAGGUGGCUUCCCUCCUGUUCCUGGGGGGAUGUGGAAAAGAAAACUCACCAUCAGCAGGACUCGAGCCUCGCGGAGACACAGCCUGGCUCCAGCUGAAAAAACAGAAGUAUUGAGUGAAGAUCUACUACAGGUGGAGAAGCGUCUGGAGCUGGUGAAGCAGGUGUCUCACAGCACUCACAAGAAGCUGACAGCAUGUCUGCAGGGACAGCAGGGCGUGGAAGUGGACAAGAAGUCUGUCAGAUCUCCAUCGAAAAAGCUGCCCCUGACGACGCUGGCCCAGUGCAUGGUGGAGGGCUCCGCGGUGCUCGGGGACGACUCGCUCCUGGGGAAGAUGUUGAAACUCUGUGGAGACACGCAGGACAAGCUGGCCCAGGAGCUGAUCACCUUCGAGCUCACCAUCGAGAGGGACGUGGUGGAGCCGCUUUACGACCUGGCAGAGGUGGAAAUCCCAAAUAUCCAGAAACAAAGGAAACAUUUAGCAAAGCUGGUCCUGGACAUGGACUCGGCCCGGACGCGGUACUUCCAGUCCACCAAAUCUUCCGGACUGUCCAGUAACAUUCAGCCGACGGGGGCCAAGGCGGACCACCUCAGGGAGGAGAUGGAGGAGGCAGCCAAUCGCAUGGAGAUUUGUAGAGAUCAACUAUCAGCCGACAUGUACAAUUUUGUGGCCAAAGAAAUUGACUAUGCAAGUUACUUCCAGACGAUGAUCGAGGCUCAGGCCGAGUACCACCGGAAGUCAUUAGAGCUGCUCCAGAGUGUUCUGCCCCAGAUCAAAGCCCAACAGGAGUCCUGGGUGGAGAAGCCCUGUUACGGCAAACCAUUAGAGGACCACUUAGCACUCAGUGGGAGAGAUAUUGCCUUUCCCAUAGAGGCCUGUGUCACUAUGCUGCUGGAGUGUGGGAUGCAGGAGGAGGGUUUGUUUAGAAUCGCUCCUUCGGCCUCAAAACUAAAGAAGUUGAAAGCCUCGUUGGACUGUGGAGUUCUGGACGUCCAGGAGUACAGUGCAGACCCUCACGCCAUCGCAGGGGCUUUGAAAUCCUACCUUCGUGAACUGCCUGAACCACUGAUGACCUUGGACCUGUACAAUGAUUGGAUACAGGCAUCAAACAUCCAAGACCAAGAUAAGCGACUCCAGGCUCUGCUCGGCGCCUGCGAAAAACUACCACCAGCGAACGGCAACAAUUUUAAGUAUUUGAUAAAGUUCCUCUCCAAACUCACUGAAUACCAAGAACUGAACAAGAUGACACCGGGGAAUAUCGCCAUUGUCCUGGGACCCAACCUGCUCUGGACACACAAUGAAGGAAACAUCACAGAAAUGAUGACAACCGUUUCCCUCCAAAUCGUCGGCAUCAUCGAGCCAAUUAUCCAACAUGCCGACUGGUUCUUCCCUGGAGAGAUCGAGUUUAACGUCACUGGGAACUACGGCAGCCCGGUGCACACAAACCACAACGCCAACUACAGCCUGAUGCCGUCUCCGGACAUGGAGCAGAUCGAGCGGAAACAGAACGACCAGUGCAGGCGGCCCCUCAGCGUCGCCACGGACAACAUGAUGCUGGAGUUUUACAAGAAAGACGGCAUUAGGAAGAUCCAAAGCAUGGGCAUCAGGGUCAUGGACACUUCCUGGGUGUCACGCAGGGGCCCCCGUAAAUGUUCGUCCACGCCGCCCCACGUGCACCCGCCCAGCCCGCCCAUCGACGAGCGCUCUGUCACCCCCUCCCCAACCCCUCUGCCCAAUAGCAGCGACCGCGCCAGCUCUGACGAUGCGUCCUCCAAUUGGUCGGACUCCUGUUACACGUACCCCUCCCCUGAAGAGGAGAGGCCGCCGCCCCCUUACCCUUACUCCUCCUCCCUCUCCUCUUCCUCCUCCGGUUCUGCCUUUUCCGCCCCCCAUCACCACUUCUACACCCGAGCACCCCCCGGUAUGCGCCCCACCGCCCCGUACCCAGAGCCUGCCUCCCCGCCCGGCCCGUCCCCCCCCCCUCGCUGGUCCGUGUUUAGCCCCCCCACGCUCUCCUCCGCUUCUUUCUGCUCUCUGGACGUCAACUCUAACCCAAAGUCCGAACCCCAGCAUGCGCCCCUCGCCUCCGAAGCGAACGGGUCGAGCCUUUAUAUCAAACCUCCGCUCGUUCUCACACGCCACGAUCUGCUCCCAAACUGCCCCCCCAGACCCUCCAGCACCCCCCUGUCCGCCCCCCCUCCCUGGUCGGCCUGUGCCUGUACCAAAGACAGAGGCGCCAGGCUGAAUAGUACUCUGAAGAACAAGGAGCUGUCUCCAGUCAUUGGACAGAAAGGGCUCCAGGGAACAGUGACCUCUUGUGGCCCCUCGGUGCUCUCAGAACACAGCCCACAUUCACUCAGAAGAGCAAAGAAACUCGCUCCUAUCCCGCCUAAGCCCCCUUACUCCCAGUCGGGGGCCAUCUCAGACCAGUCGACAGGUCAGCCCUCCCCGGUCAGCCUCUCGCCCACGCCCCCCAGCACCCCCUCCCCGUACGGCUUCAGCUACCCUCAAGGUUACGCCACCAUAGGAUCUCCCAUACAAGUGCAGUCAGCCACCACGCCCUCGCUCUCCUCCCCUCCCUCUCUGGCCGGGACCCUCACUAAGGCCAGACCCACGCCCAAGCCGCCUCGGAAUAGACCCAGCCUGCCCCCGCCUCAGCCCCCCAGCACCCCCGGGACCAGUCCUCAGCCUCUAGACCACUCCAGCGGGCUCCUAGAAGGACUAUCGCAGGGAGAGAGCAUGUCCACAGAUUCUUUCUGCAACCUGGAGAUCCCAGUCAUCAACAUGGAGCUGGACAGUAUUUUUGACAUUCCUCACAUCUCAAACUUCAGAAACUCAUUGACAUUUUACGACCUCAGCCACAAGGGGGCGGAGUCUGAGGAGGAGUCAGAAAGCACAGUGCUAUGA